CUCUCUCUCUCUCUCUCUCUCUCUCUCCCCGGCUUCUCCUCCGCCUCAGUCUCGCCAUCGACCCGCUCCUCGCAGCAUCCCCGUCUCCGCCCUCCUCCUGCGCCGUCGUCGUGUCCGCGUCGCUCCCGUCGCAGGUGGAUGGAGGCUGGAGGCCAGGCGCGAGCCAUGCACCGGAGCCGCCGCUGUCAGACCGAGCACCUCCCUACGCACCGGGGACCACAUCCUUAAAUGACCCACGGCUGAGGACGCGCCGUCUCCGCAUCCGGCGCCCGGAUCGCGGCAUGCUGCCCGCAGCGGGCAUCCAGCACUGACCAUGGGGCUCCGGUCGCGGACCGUCGCUAGCGGCGCGGAGGAGCAGAAGAAGCUGUCGGGCGCCGCUCCCGGGGACCUCCUGGACCAAGGAGCGGAGAAGGAUGGCGCCCUGCUGCUGGUGGCUGCCGGGCGCGACGACUUCAAGCGGGGCUCCCAGGGCAUCGGCGUCGGGCUGCUGGCCAAGACCCCCCUGAACUACAGCCGGCCUGUGAAGAGGAAUAACGUCCGCAGGAGGAGGAUCCAGAACCUGAUCUACGACGCGCUGGAGAGGCCGAGGGGGUGGGCGCUGCUCUACCACGCGUUCGUGUUUUUAAUCGUGCUGGGUUGUUUGAUUCUGGCCGUGCUGACCACAUUCAAGGAACAUGAGAAGGUGUCUGCCCACUGGCUGGUCAUACUGGAAACCUUUGCCAUCUUCAUCUUCGGGGCGGAGUUUGCGCUGAGGAUCUGGGCGGCGGGAUGCUGCUGCCGCUACAAGGGGUGGAGGGGGAGGCUGAAGUUCGCCCGCAAACCCUUAUGUAUUUUAGACAUCUUCGUGCUGAUUGCCUCGGUGCCGGUGGUGGCCGUGCGGAACCAGGGCAACGUGUUGGCCACGUCCCUGCGCAGCCUGCGCUUCCUGCAGAUCCUGCGGAUGCUGCGCAUGGACCGAAGGGGAGGGACCUGGAAGCUGCUGGGCUCCGCCAUCUACGCACACAGUAAGGAGCUGAUCACAGCCUGGUACAUCGGCUUCCUGUCGCUCAUCCUGGCCUCCUUCCUGGUUUACCUGGUGGAGAAGGACGACGUGUCCGUGGACCCGUCCAGCGACGAGAACCCCAUGGCGCAGCCCAAGCAGGACUUCGACACCUACGCCGACGCUCUGUGGUGGGGGCUGAUCACGCUCACCACCAUCGGCUACGGCGACAAAACCCCCAAAACCUGGGCCGGGAGGCUGUUGGCCGGCACCUUCGCGCUCAUCGGCGUGUCCUUCUUCGCGCUGCCCGCGGGGAUUCUGGGCUCCGGCUUGGCUCUGAAGGUCCAGGAGCAGCACAGACAGAAGCACUUUGAGAAGCGCCGACACCCGGCCGCCGGCCUGAUCCAGUCCGCCUGGCGCUAUUACUCCACUAACCCGGUCAGAGACGACCUGAUCGCCACGUGGAGGUUUUAUGAAACCAUCAUCUCUCUCCCCUGUUUCAGGAAGGACCACUUGGAGGCCAUAGCGAGCCAAAAGUUGAGUUUGCUGGAGCGCGUCCGUCUGCCCAACGCGCGGCUGUCCGUCGGCACCGGCAGGAAGCUGAUGGGCACCGCUGAGUGCGUGGAGGACAGUCCGUCCAAGGAGGCCAAACCCGCCGGCUUCAGCAACCGGGAGCGCUUCCGCACGGCUUUCCGCAUGAAGGCCAACACGCUGCGCCAGAGCUCCGAAGAUGCUGGAGCUCUGGCAGACCCGGCCUUGGAGGAGCGGGGCUUCCCCCCAGAGAUCCUCCUGGAGGAGAUGAUCCCCACGCUGAAGCUGGUCAUCAGAGCCGUCAGGAUCAUGCAGUUCCUCCUGAACAAGAAGCGUUUUAAGGAAACGCUGAGGCCUUACGACGUCAAAGACGUGAUCGAGCAGUACUCUGCAGGACACCUGGACAUGCUCUGUCGAAUCAAAUACCUCCAGACAAGGAUCGACAUGAUUCUGGCCCCCGGACCCCCCCUCACCCCCAAACACAAGAAGACUCAGAAGACGCCCUUUGCCUACCCACCCAACCAGUCGCCCAGACACGAGUCCUUUCUAGCCAAAGCUGCCUCCAUGCCAGAUACCGAAGACCAAAGCAUGAUGGGUAGAUUUGUCCGGGUGGAGAGGCAGGUGGAGGACAUGGAGAAGAAGCUGGACUUCCUGGUGGACAUGCACAUCCAGCACACUGAGCACCUGCAGGUGGACUCCUCGGGUGGAGCCCGGAUGACGCUGGAGACCUGCGACGCCACCGGGAACGGCGAGAUCCGACGGGUGUUCCUGAACUACGCCGAGGCUUUCCCACACAUGUCGUACCAGGUGCCCAUCAGCAAGGCGGACCCGUUCUACGGCGGGGGCGGGGCUGGGGGCGGGGCCGGGGAGGCGCUGGAAGACGCAGACCGAGCCCACAGUCGCCACCCGCCCGCAGCUGUCCCCACCUACAUCGAGCGCCCCACCGUGCUGCCCAUCAGCUCCCUGCAGGACCUGUCGGAGUCGAUGGGGGGUAGGACCACGGGGGGGCGGGGCCCCGGGCCCGACUCGCCCCUCUCCAUGCUGUCGGUGAACCACGAGGAGCUGGAGCGCUCGCCCAGCGGCUUUAGCAUAUCCGGGGAGCGCGAGGGCGAGGAGGAGUUGGGCCUGUCCGUGGGGGCCGGCAGCUGGAGCAGACCCAGGCCCAGCUACCUGGCCGAGGGGGAGACGGACACGGACACGGACCCGUUCACGCCCAGCGGGGGGCCGCUGCCGCUGUCCUCCACGGGGGAGGGGUUCGGCGACGCGGUGUGGAACACGCCGCCCUGAAGGGGCCACGCGUGCACCUGGAACUCGGUUAGGACUUCUCCAGCCCACGCCUCUGAUCCCAAAGGGUUUUGGGUCGACGCUGAAACGGCUCUGAUCCGCCUUGAUGCUGCAAAGCCACAACACAGGCCCUCGAGCUUUUAGAGGCCGCAGCGGAUCUCGCCGUCGGAGAGGCCAGGAAUCGAGUAGACAUCGUGGAAAAAAGGGAAACCAGGCCGUUUGUAAAGUAAAACUCUGUACAGCGACUUAAGAAAAAAGACCAUUACUAUACGUCCUAUAUUCACCCGAAAGCUUUAUCGCUGCAAAGCCAACGCACUGCAUGUGACGCAUGCGACUUUUAGUGUAGACACUGCAAAGUUCAGGAAGUCAGGAACCGGAGGCGAGGAACAUGUACCUGCUAUGCCAUUUUCUAACACUUAUUUUUUAUAAGGAUACAUUUUCAUUGCUUUUUGCAUGGUUUGCAUGACGAUGCACCGUUUUCGAGGUUUCAGAGGAAGGCGAUGAGAACCCAAAGUCUCCGUGUCUGUGUUCUGUGUGUUCUUGUGGAACCCCGUGUUGCCGUUGGUGCUGCUCAGCUCUGUCACAAAGUCCGAUCCUGGUUUUCCAGCACUUCGCCGCCGCACGCGUCCAAACGUUCCACUGGAGAACACUCUAAUUGACGUGAAUUCAGGGAUGUCGACCACCUGCUCACCCGUAGUUCAUUAAAGGCUAAAUUCAACAGGAUCCUCCCUGGUCCACACAGGUUUACACUGUCACAGUAGACGCAUUUCAACACUUCUCUUGUAUCAGCGCCACAUGUGCCAAAUCUAAAGGCGCCAGACAUUCAAUCUGUCUAAAUGUCUGUUUCACCCAAAACAACUGGAACGGAGGAUUCGCACAUUUUAGGAGCCACUGUGUGCGGUUUAUAAAGCUCAUCAGCAGCUGGUUGCACUUUAGCUGCAAUAAAACCAAGAUAAUAUCUGAAAGAGUAGAAAGACGAGCCGCGACCUGUGGACCUGUUGGAUGUGACUGACGACCUGAGCUCUUAGUUUAAAUCCCCCAUGUUGGAAAUCUGUCACUGUUAACGUCCACACGUCUUGUGUGUAUUUUGUCCCAUUUGAAUAGAAAAUCCCUGAAUCACCCGUCACACAACAAAGAAGCAUUUCCCAACAAGUGAGAGUUAAUGAGCCGGUGUUGGACUGUAACAGGAGCCGACAGGAAGUGAAGCCUAACUAAUAUGUUGUCAAACGACUUGAAUGUCCAGUUCCAACACAAAUCCGCACACUUGAAAGCAACAACACAGACGGAGGCGCCGGGCCGGUCACAACCGCCACUGCUGAUCAGAACCACUGGCCUCGGGUCACAGCCUCGCUGCUCUGGUCCUAGGAAGCGGCACACGUUUAGGGUCCGGACCAGGCUCAGCCUCAGGGAGCUCUCAUUCAUAAUCACCGUCCAGCACCGCUGAGCCUCAGGAACGGCCUCGUCUGACCGGUCCUGGUGGGGUAGAACCCAUACGAGUCCUAUAGCUCACUACUAUCUACUGCUCCACUCGCUCACGUUCAUUCAGAUGAGUUUCACAUCAGGACCAGGCGUCGCUGCCGUUCAGCGUUUCAGCUCCACCUCAUGUCACAGACACAGUUUCCUGUUUUUCAAGAAGCCCGUAAAGUUGUGCUUUUUUAUUAUUAUUCUGCUUUUAAAUGCUUUUGGCCCUUUGGCUGAAUUCGGACUCCACAUGAUGUCACACAUGUAAAGGUUGUAGAGUUUGGUCAAUGCUCUGUCUUUUAGCAGCCGAGUCGCUCCUCUCUGUGGACCUGGGUCCGGCCCAUCAGCAGCUUGAGCCUCUGUUCUGGUCGAACCUGCGGUUGCUGAGCUUUGAGGUGACUCUUAGGAACCACAGGUGGACGUCUGAAGCCUUUCACAGUCGAGGUCGGCGCUGUAUGAAUGGGCCAAGCGCUAAAACCAGCCACACGCGGCCACGUGCGCCAUCUCCAUCCUUCCUCCAUGAACCCGAACCCUCCUUUAACUUGAACCCCUUGAACCCGAACCCUCCUUUAACUUGAUCCCCUUGAACCCGACCCCUCCUUGAACCAGAACCCUCCUUGAACCUGAACCCCUCCUUUAACUUGAACCCCUUGAACCCGAAUCCUCCUUUAACCCGAAUCGUCCUACGUAUAACUUGAACCCUCCUUGAACCCGACCCCUCCUUUAACUUGAUCCCCUUGAACCCGACCCCUCCUUGAACCAGAACCCUCCUUUAACUUGAACCCGACCCCUCCUUUAACUUGAACCCCCUUGAACCCGACCCCUCCUUGAACCAGAACCCUCCUUGAACCUGAACCCCUCCUUUAACUUGAACCCGACCCCUCCUUUAACUUAAACCCCCCUUGAACCCGACCCCUCCUUUUAACUUAAACCCCCCUUGAACCGGACCCCUCCUUUAACUUGUACCCUUCCUUAACUUGAACCCUCCUGUGAAGCGUCUCCACCUCGUCUCCCUCCGUGUGUCACCUGUGACCCGUUGACUCUGUGUGUGAAGUCAGUUCUGAAUGAAUCGGCACUUUAUGGAGUCCAGAGGGCACCAGUGCUUGUGUGGUUGUACUCACUGAGCUGCACUGACUCGCAUUCUGCAUAACCACCAUUUUAAUAGACGUUUUGAUUGCUACAGAUUAUUUGUGCCUUGGCCUUUUACAGCGGAUACUGUACAUUUCUAUUGAGCUUAUUUGCUUUUGCCGUCACUGAGGGUGGACUUCGGUGUCAAAGGCUGCAUUUACACGAACACCGGCUCCUCGUGAGCAGCGUUCGCUUCUAAACUCCGCCUCCUCUCGGCCCUUGAUGACGUCAUCAGGUGUUCUUCACACCAGGUGACGCCUGCGUUCUGCAGGUUGAAGUCUUGACCUGUUCCUGAACCCAGAGCCGUCAUCUGGAACGAAGAACGGAAACGUGCCAAAAGACGAGUGACGUGUAAAUGAGCUGCUGCUCCAGACCUAGAAUCGCUCGGACACAGAGCAGCGCCAGCGACGCUCCGUCACAGGACGGCGUCGUGUCAGUGCAGCGCUUUGGGAACCGAGGUUCCAUUUGUGCGGCUUCUUUCGUUCACAAUGAGUUGUCGCUUUAGUUCCUACGUUUCCUUUAAGGAGGUUUGAACAACUUUACACUAGUGGCCUUCAGAGCUGUGCAUCCUUUCUUUUCUCAUUCCAGAUUGAAAAGAGAAACUUUCCAUUUUUAUUCUUUAUUAGGUCACUUUAAAUAUUUUUUUUUGAUGAUACAAUAUGCAAAUGUAUUCUUACUUGAUUUUUUUAUUCUUUUGUCUUUUGAAUUGCACCAGUUAUUAAUAAAGUACUGAAUUUAAACUGA